GUGUUUGUGUACAUGAGCGAGAGUGUGUGUGUGUGUGUGUGUGUGUAUCAGCACACCAGAGACGAGUGACCAGUUAACCCCACUGUCUCACUGACAGAAGUUCUUUGUUUUGUGCUCGGAGGUUAAAUUUUCCACCACUUCGUCCACGGCGUCACCUCCCAACCUCAGGCUGUAGGUGGAGCACCAGAGCAGCUCCAUGAACAUGGAGUCAGCGUUUAAAACCUCGGCUUUUCUGCUCACCCUGUGGUGCUGCUGCCGGGCUCAACAAAUUAACUACAUAACCCCACGUGUUGGCAGCAAGGAGGGGGCGCAACAUCUGACAAUUUCAGGGAGUGGUUUUGCUCAGGAGCGCCAGUUCCAGCUGAAUCCUCAAAGCGACACGUUUGGUAACCGUGUAACUCUGGUGUCAGACAAAUUCUCAGUCCCCUGUGACGUGGAAAGAGAUUCCACACAUGGAGACCAGAUCAUAUGUUACACCAGACCUAUGCCAUUCGAUCAGUAUGUGGUACGCGUGAGCGUGGAUGGCGUUGACAUCCCUGAGAACAACAUUUGCGGCGGUGCUAACAAACCCUACCACUGCAGCCUUUUUACUGUGUGGUAUCGCACUCCUACGAUCACAUCGCUGACACCUGCCACUGGACCUCCAGGGUCGUUGGUGACGAUCAGAGGACUGAUCUUCACAGACGUGUACGGCAGUAACUCAAAGAAGAGCUCCAACAACAUCAAUUCCAGAUUCUUGAGAGUCUACAUGGGUGGAACGCCCUGUGAACUGAUUAAACCCAACUCAGACGAACUAUAUGAACUGCGGUUGGACCACGACAGAUCGUGGUGGGGAUACAUGAGCUGCAAAAUGACAGGAACGUUUGUCGGACAUCACAACUUAACCUACAUCCUCGAUGGUGAUUUCGGAAGAUCACAUGCCGAAAAGUAUCUACUUAAAGUUUCAUCUCUCAACAACCUUCACAUGUUCCAAACCUAUACAGAGUUGACAGGCGUCUCUCCAUCCUCGGGCAGCGUCAUGGGCGGAACGCUGCUGACCGUUCACGGCAGCAGGUUUGACAACACCAGCGAAGAGAUCCGCGUUCUGGUCGGAGGCCUGCCGUGCGAAGUCCAGAGCUGGUCUGACGACACCAUCACGUGCAGGACUGCGGCGCACACCAUGGACCCUAAUGUGACGCUGUACCCAGGCAGCAGAGGUUUAAAGGUUGAGGGCUGGAAUGACACAAGGCCACGAUAUUUGUCCAACAUCAGGGACCUCAACGAAAACUCCACCGGAUACUGGUCCGAAUGGAUCGACUCCUUCCGCCACACCUACGUCAAAGACCAUGAUUAUUUCUGCACCCACACCCGGGGCUUCUUUGUCCCGCCUUCCAGCGGCAACUACAACAUGUACCUCCACUGUGACGACCGCUGUGAGCUCUUCAUGAGCAACUCCAGCCGACCAGAAGACAAAGCUAAAGUCGCUCACCAGCCGUAUUAUGUCAGAGACCACCUCAGCCUGGAUUCACAAAAGUCUGACGUCAUGCUUUUAGAGGGAGGGAAACCGUACUACAUUGAACUUCUCCAUCAAGAACAUGCAGGGGCAGCAGACAUCAACAUUGGCUUCUUUAAAGAGGACAGCACAUUUACAGAGGACCAGACGGAUGAUGCCGUCAACGAGGUCCAGUAUAUCAUAGCCAAGUAUGACGUGUACGAUGAAGAACAGGUGUUGACCUUUAACCUUUGGCCCACUGACACCGUCAGUGUCAAAGAGGUUCAGAAAGUGACUGUUAGCUGCGCCACCGAAUUCUGCGGCUCCUUCAGUCUGGGAUACGGACCCGCUAAGACCGAACCAAUACCAGUCGGUUCCAGUGCUGCCGUGGUGGAACGCGCCUUGGGAAACCUGUGGUCCAUCAAACCUGACACGGUUGAAGUCACUAAAGCAGACGACAACGCCGGAUCUCACUACACUGUCACGUUUAAUUCUGACAGAGGCGACUUCCAGCCUCUGACCUCGGAGGUGUUUGGAGGAGACGCCACCAUCAGUGUGGCUGAACUGACCAAGGGGCAGAGCAACAUGGAGACGUUCACUCUGCUCUGGGAGGGAAUUCCUACAGAGCCUCUGGCCUUCAACGCAUCUGAAGCUCAGGUCCAGACGGCGCUGGAGAACCUGAUGACAGCCCAGUGUCCCGCCGAGAUCCUGACCACAGAGGGAAGAGACGUCAAGUACUCCCAGAACUUUGAAGACGACAACUCCCAGUUUAACACAGAAGAAGAAGGAACGCCGGUGCAGUACUCUGCCUUCUGUGGCCAGUGGUCCCUGAAGAACCCACAGGUUCUUUUCAAAGACACCUACACCAAAGCUGCUGGAGGCCAAUACAAUAAGAUCACUUUGAGUCAACACCCAAUGCUGUGCUUCGCCUACAAGGGGAAACUCCAGGACAAAGUAGGGAUGAAGUUUUCCUACAUCAACCUUGAAGGCGUCACCAGCACAGUGACUGCAGAGAUCAGCGUCUCCUUCAACAGAGGCCAAGAGUGGAGCUACACCUGCAUGGACCUGGAGGAGUCUCUACAGGCCCAGUAUCUGGGCACCGCCCACAGUCUGGCCGAGUUUUACCUCUACAAAGACCCGUCUGGAGAAGACUUCUACGUGGACGCUGUUCACAUUGGGAAGUUGUUCACCACCGUCAAUGUGAACGGUGUCCCUCUCCGGAGGAGGCCGCCACCGUUUGAGCUCAGCGGCCGAUCCUUGGAGACCUUCAGUGUUGUCCGAGACUUGUCCAGUGAUUCUCAGAUCAGUUAUCAGAUUCAGGCCAGACCGGUGGACUGUGCCUUCGACUUCCCCAUGAUAGAAGUUGGCUUCCUGCAGUCGGUGAGCAGCAGCAGCGACGCGGCAGUGUUCCAGGAAGGCACGGGCACCGUCAGCGUGUCUCGACCUCAUCGAGCUACAAGGCCUCUGUCCGGCACCUUCGACGUGGAGAUUUAUGGAGGACGAGCUGAAGGUCUGUCAGUGGACAUCGGUGAGGACGAUCUAAAGUACGCUCUGGAGGGAAUCGAAGGGACGGGACAGCUCAAGGUUCAGUGGAGGGGAAGUUGUAGACGGCCCAAAUGGCGUGUGGAGUGGCUGACCAAGCCUGGAGACCAGCCAAUGUUCCAGAUCAAUGACUCAUCAGUCAUCGGCAACAACGUCGAGGUUUUCGCCAAGGAGGAUAGGAAAGGUGGGCUGUUGAUUCGCAGCCUGUCGGGCGAUUUCUUCCGUGUGGCAGAAACCAAACCACAGGUGGAGGUGUUCAUCAACGGCAUCCCUUCCAAAUGUUCAGGCGACUGUGGGUUCGAGUGGAAGGAGGAGCUGACGCCAGUUGUGAGUGGAAUCAGUCCAUCAGCAGGAUCCAUUGGCCUAGGAACUCUUCUGACCAUAAGUGGGUCGGGCUUCAGCUCCGUCAAUGCCUUCGUCACGGUGGGACCGGCGGAGUGUGAUGUGGAAUCAACCACAGAGACCACUGUGGUCUGCAGACUGGGCAGUGCCAGUGCUGGUACUUACCCCGUCUCAGUCAGCUUCCCCUCCCUGGGUCAGGCACGUUACGUAGACAACAUCAUCCCUGAGUUCACUAUUCAGCUCCUCGUCUCGUCCUUGUCCCCGCUGACUGGAAGUUUGGCAGGGGGCACACUUCUCACAGUGACAGGUCACGGCUUCAGCUCCAACACUUCAGUCACCGUCGGACUUGAGGAGUGUGUUGUCGUUGAGGCCAGUGAAAGCGAGCUGAAGUGUAGAACGCCAUCAGGUUCUGCAGGAUCCUCGGAUGUGUACGUGUCGUUGGAGGACAUCAGCACCAUGGCCUCUGACCAGUUCACCUACGACGCAGGGUUCACAUCCCAGAUCACGGGCCUCAGUCCAGAGACCACCACGGUGUUCGGUGAGCGCACCUUAGCCAUAAGUGGAUCAAACCUGGGAGCCAACGUGAACGAGGUUGAGGUGUACGUCGGAGGUCAAGAGUGUGUGAUCCAGGACUGGACGUCCACAGACAUCAACUGUCUUCUCCCUGUGCUGGGACCAGGCGUCUACAAGGUGGACGUGCAGGUUGGAAACAAUGGAUACAGCCUGUUCAGCGAGGGCCAGAAUGGCUUCAUUCAGUACAUCCUGUCAGUGUCCGGCCUCAGUCCACGGUACGGGUCGUUAGUGGGAGGAACCGUCCUUACUGUGACUGGAUCUGGAUUCAGCGAUGAUGUGUCUGAAAACAAAGUCCUCAUUGGUGAUGCUGAGUGUGAAGUGACCGUGUCCUCGUCCAGUGAGCUGCAGUGUGUCCUGCGGUCAGCGGAGAAGACCUACAUCAUCACCAAUCAGGGCGUAGACCACGAUUAUGGACAGGGUUUUGCCUGGAGUUCUCCCUCCACCACAGUGUUUGUGGGAGACACCGUCACCUGGCAGUGGAAGGCGCCCGUGUUCCAGAAUGUGGCCUAUCGGGUCUUCGCUGUUCCCAGCCCGAGCAGCACCACGUAUGAAGGGGGGGUAUUCAACAGUGGAGACACCAGCACCAGUGAAGGCUCCUACAGCUACCGUUUCACUUCACCCGGUGAGUUCUUCUACAGCAGUGGGUUCGUGGAUGACGACCAGAGACGGGUGCUGCAGGGAGUGGUGAAGGUCGUGAGGCGGCCAACCAAAAACAGCAAUGUGUCUGUGAGCGUGGCGGAAAUCGAAGCCAAACUAGAGGCAGGAGGAGCGCCCCGUGUGGCCAGAGAAGCCCCGGCCUGUGUCGUGGUUCCAGACUGCUCAGAUGAGAAUACCACUUCGGAUGGUCUUUCUUUCGUCAUCUCCUCCUGCUCCACCCCAACUGUCACCUCCAUCUCCCCCAACCAGGGAACGUACCACCAGGUCAUCCACAUCCAGGGGAGCCACCUGAGUGACACUGACUGUGCUGUUGAGGUAACCGUGGGCGAUCAGAUCUGUGCAGUGAUCACCAGCUCUCUGACUGACAUCUACUGCCAACUCAGUGCCGACAGUGAACUUCCCAUCGGCAUCGCUCACCCAGUGGUGGUCAAGGUCAACAACCUGGGCACAGCCAUCAUCACUGUGUCCAAGGAGCUCGAGCGGCGCUUCGUGGUUCUGCCUGUGAUCGACUCCGUCUCUCCUUCGACGGGCAGCACCACAGGCUUCACCAGGCUCUCCAUUGAAGGUUCUGGCUUCUCUGAAGAACGGGUGACAGCGGCGGGUGAAACCUGCAGCCUGGUGUCUGCGAGCUACACCAGCAUAGUCUGUGACACCGCCCCCUCGCAGGAGCACGCCGACGAAGUGACCUUCCACAAAGGCCUGAUCCAGAGUUCCUGUCACUCAGACUGCUCCUUCACCUACUCCUCCUCCGUCACUCCCACCAUCGCAGCGGUCAACCCAGACACCAUCAGUGCUGCUACAACCGUCCAAAUUUCAGGCUCAGGGUUCGGCAGCAGCACCGAUGACGUGGUGGUCUUCGCCAGCAGCACAGAGCUAAGGGUGGAUCAGGUGACGGACGGCAUGGUCACAAUCAGCGUUGAGGCUCUGCCCGCGGGUGACCACGCCAUCACGGUGAUUGUGAGGAGCAGAGGUCUAGCCAGCGGUGAUGCCACCUUGACCAGCACUCCACAGGCCACUCUGAGUCCCUCUGAGGGCGGUCUGGAGGGAGGGUCCACUCUGGUGCUCACAGGGAACGGCUUUGCUCCAGGAAACACCAGCGUGACCGUGGGGGGUAAAGAGUGCAGGAUCCAACAGGAAUCAGCAGGUCUCAUCAGCUGUCUGACACCUUCAAACAGUGAAGGGGCGGUGGACGUCAACAUCCUGGUCUUCUCCGUGAGCUAUCCUGUUCUCAGCUUCACCUACUCUGCAGCUCAAACGCCCGUCCUUGGCUCCAUCGACCCCACCUCUGGGCCGAGCGAUUCAGUCCUCACACUGACGGGUUCAGGGUUCGGCAGCGACUCGGAGGCCAUCUCUGUUACCAUCGGCGACGUCCCCUGUGUCGUGUCGUCGUUCUCUGACGCAGAGAUUCAAUGCACCGCAGGAGACAACCCAGGAGGAGCCUACCCCGUGACGGUGCGCCAGGACGCCAAAGGUUACGCGCAGUCCAGCGUCACGUUCACGUACGAGUUGACUCUCAGCAGCGUGCAACCUAGUGAAGGCAGUUUUGGGGGCGGAGCCUCUCUCACCAUCCAGGGCUCUGGCUUCAGUCCACUGUACUCCAAUGUGACCAUCUGUGACCAGGAGUGUGAGGUGGACAGGAACACGUCCACGUCCAGUGAACUGCACUGCAUGUCUCCAGUGAACAACAGCAGUGAGUCGGAGCUAAGCUGCGUGGUGUCCGUUGUUAACCAGCUGGAUUCUGUCACGCUGUCCAACGGUUUCACCUACAGGUCGGCGCUGACCCCUGUAAUCAGCGAGGUUUCUCCACGCAGAGGAGGCACCGCCGGAGGAACACGGCUCACGAUCAGCGGCUCGGGUUUCAGCACCAACACUGCCGACGUCAGCGUGACCAUCGCUGGCUCAGUUUGUGACAUUGAGUCCUCCAGCGACACGGAGAUCGUCUGUGUGACCAAUGAACACCGACCGUCGGAGGAGACCAAAGUCAGGGUCGCCAUCAGAGACCAGGGCAUCGCCAACAUGGACAACGCAGACUUCUUCUACAUCGACGUCUGGUCCUCCAGGUUCACCUGGGGCGGAGAAUCUCCGCCUGAAAAAGGCACGUUCGCUGUCAUCACCAAAGGCCAGACCAUCCUUCUGGACACCAACACGCCAGUUCUAAAAAUGCUGCUCAUUCAAGGAGGAACGUUGAUCUUCGACGAGGCCGACAUCGAGCUCCAGGCGGAGAACAUUCUAAUCACUGACGGCGGCAAACUGCAAAUUGGCCAGGAGGGGGCACCUUUCCAGCACAAAGCCAUUAUCACGCUUCACGGACACCAGAGGUCGCCCGAAAUUCCUGUUUAUGGAGCCAAGACUCUGGGAGUCAGAGAGGGAAUCCUUGACCUCCAUGGUAUCCCUGUCCCUGUCACCUGGACACAUUUGGCUCAAACUGCAGCCACAGGCUCCAGCAGCAUACACCUGAUGAAGGAGGUGACCUGGAAACCUGGAGACCAGAUCGUCAUCGCCUCCACUGGAGACAGGCACAGUCAGAGAGAGAACGAGGUGAGGACCAUCACCUCUGUAUCGUCCGACGGGAAGGUCCUGACCCUGGACACGCUGCUCAACUACACCCACCUCGGGGUGAGCGUGACAUUGCCCGACGGCACAGUGUUCGAGGGUCGAGCCGAGGUCGGUCUCCUCACCAGAAACAUCGUGGUGCGCGGAUCCCAGCAUGUGGAGUGGAACGAUAAAAUCGAAGCGUGUCCCGACGGUUUUAACACAGGUGAAUUUGCCACCCAGACCUGUUUCCAGGGCAGAUUUGGAGAGGAAGUGGGCAGUGACCAGUUCGGAGCCUGCAUCAUGAUGCAUGCGCCUCGACCCAAUGAGAACCUCGCCAUCGGCAGACUGGAAUAUGUUGAGGUCUUCCAUGCAGGUCAGGCCUUCAGACUGGGUCGUUACCCAAUCCACUGGCAUCUGAUGGGCAAUAUCGACUACAAGUCCUACGUUAGAGGCUGCGCGAUCCAUCAGACCUUCAACAGGGCCGUCACCAUCCACAACACGCACCGACUGCUGGUCGAGCACAACGUCAUCUAUGACAUCAUGGGAGGCGCCUUCUUCAUCGAGGACGGCAUCGAGACGGAGAACAUCCUGCAGUACAACCUGGCGGUGUUUGUCAAACAGAGCACCAGUCUGCUCAACGACGACGUCACCCCCGCGGCGUACUGGGUCACCAACCCCAACAACAUCAUCCGACACAACGCCGCCGCUGGAGGAACCCACUUUGGGUUUUGGUACCGCAUGCACAAGCACCCUGACGGCCCGUCCUUCGACAACAACAUCUGCCAGCAGAAGGUUCCUCUGGGUCAGUUCUUCAACAACACCGUUCACUCUCAGGGCUGGUUCGGUCUUUGGAUUUUCAUCAACUACUUCCCUAUGAAAAACGGAGGUUGCCGCUCCAGAGUCCCCCAGCCGGCGGUUUUUGAUUCGCUCACCACCUGGAACUGUGAGAAAGGCGCUGAGUGGGUGGAUGUGGGUGCUGUGCAGUUUAACAGAUUCCUCAUGGUCAACAACGAAAAGGCUGGCAUCGAAGCCAAGCGCAUCAUCCAGUCGUCCGUGUCUGGUUUCGGAGAGGAAGGAGGAGCGACGGUGUCCAACAGCACCAUCGUGGGCCACGUCGACGAGCUCCUCCUGGGAAACAGCUACUGCACACAGAAGGGCAUCAUCACGCCGUUUGACGACGGCAUGAGUGUCCUCAACACCAGGUUCAUCAACUUUGACCGCGGGACGUGUGCGGGCCUCGCCGUCACAACAAUCGACGGAACCUGUUUGGAGCAGUGUGGAGGCUGGGCUGUGAGGUUGGCUGGUAUCCAGUACUUCAACACACCCAACAAGGGCCUGUUCAGGUGGGAGCAUGAGGUCCAGUUUGUGGACAUGGACGGCUCUGCCACAGGAAACGUCGACCACAAGGUGGUGCCUUGGACCGACCUGCUGGACCCGGCUCACUGCACACUGAGCGAGGAAUGGAGCGUGGGUUUCCCUGGCGCGGUGUGUGACCACACGGUGAACUUCCAUCGCUUGUCCUUCAACAAACCCAAACCGUCCACUCUGGAGGCAAAGGACGCCAUCUUUUCAAACACUCAUGGUUUCUCCGUCGUUCCCUUUAUGAAGAAGAGAAUGACGCACAAACUUGGCUGGAUGGUGAUGCUGCCCUCCAAGCAAACCUACAACUGGUUCUUCAGAAACAUGGACCAACUCACCAACAUCACAUACGAAUCAAAGUUCUACAGCUUCAAGAGCGAUCAGUACGUCAUCAUCAACCACAACUUCACCCAGAAUCCUGACAGUUUCCACAUCAUCGACAGGAGGAACGGCUCCUUGAGGCCGCUGAGCUUCAACAGCAACGACAACGGAGACUGGUACCUGGAUGAAGACUCCAACAACCUUUACUACCUCGUGUCGGGAAAAACCAGCGCCCGAAGACGUCGCAACAGCGUGGACCGCUCCAUGACAGACGUCACCGUCAGCUUUGCGGUUUACCGCUGCUUCUACUUCAACUGCCUCCCCCCGACUCCCCCACCUCCAGUCACAUUGCCACCAUUACCAGAGGGUCGACCAGAUGACUUCAUUCUGUGGUCUAACGUUUCCUUCUGGACAAGUUCAGCUGUGAAUAACUUCACUGCUCCAGCAGAGGGCGCUGAUGUAGUCAUCCCAGCAGGAAUGUGGGUGGUGUUGGACGACAGUCCUCCUCCACUCAACAAGCUGACAGUCAUUGGGGUUCUGGAGAUCCCGGACUCCAACGUGUCGUCCACCAGAACAGCUCGGUCUGUGUCAGCGUACAAGUCGGUGGUGAUAGAAGCCACGUACAUCUCCAUCCAGGGAGGUCGAUUGUUUGCUGGAUCAGACAUCCAACCGUUCAGAGGUGAGCUGCACAUCAAGCUGAGAGGAGAACAUUCCACUCCUGAUUGGCCGCUGCCAAACGGACCCAACCAGGGAUCCAAGGUCCUAGGUGUAUUUGGACAGUUGGAGUUGUACGGAUUACCCCACAACGUUUACCACACCAAACUUGGCGCCACUGCCAACGCGGGCUCCAACACCGUGACCCUGUCUCAGUCUGUGGACUGGCAGGUUGGCAGCGACAUCGUCAUCUCCACGAGCAGCUACAACACCUGGGAGACAGAAAAACGAAAGGUCACUGCUGUGUCAUCAGACGGCCGGGUGCUGACCCUGGACCUGCCCUUGACCCACACUCACCUUGGCCAGCGGUACACCAUCUCCGGAUCCUCCUGGACCUACACUCUGGCUGCUGACGUGGCUCUGCUGAGCAGGAACAUCAAGGUCAUGGGUCAGGAGUACGGGAACAUGAACGAAGAGUCGUUCGGAGCCCGAGUGCUGGUGGGAACCUACUCCUGGGCCGGAGUCGACUACAAAGGCACAGCCCAGAUCAGGAACGUGGAGUUCUUCCAGUCCGGUCAGGAAGGAUGGAUCGAAGACUAUGAUCCACGUUACUCUGUGUCCUUCCUUAAUCUUGGACAGGUUUCUUCCGGUGACUCCUACAUCCAGGGCUGUGCUUUCCACGACGGCUUCUCUCCAGCCAUCGGAGUGUUUGGAACAGAAGGGCUGAACGUGGACGACAACGUCAUCCACCGCACUGUGGGAGAAGCCAUCAUCGUCAGAGGAGACAAGAUCACCCUGAGGAGGAACCUGGUGAUGAUGUCACUGUGGCCUGGGUCCUAUCAGGAGCGGGAGGAGGCUUUUGACUUUGACUGGACUCCUGCCAUCGAGGUGAACCAGGCGACAAACGUUGUGCUGCAGGACAACAUCGUCGCAGGCUUUGAGAGAGUGGCCUAUCGCAUCAACGGAGAACCCUGUCCAGGGUUUGAGAAUCCAAAUGAGAAGUGGUCCGGAAACGAGGCUCACGGUGGGCUGUACGGGAUCAUGAUGAACAAGGACGGGUUACCAGGCUGCAGCCUCAUCAGAGACUUCUUCAUCUGGAGGAGCUUCGACUACGGCAUCUACUACCAGACCAGCUCCAAUGUCGUGGUCUCCCAAGUGACCCUGGUGGACAACGGGAUGGGCAUCAUGCCCAUCAUCUACGCUCCUCCGUCACUAACCCACAUGUUUGCUGAUAAAAUGACACAGAUCCAGAAUUCCUUGAUUAUCGGCAGCAGCCCGGAAUUCAACUGCUCCGACACCCUGUCAAAAAGUGACUACAACAUUUUCAAUAGAGCGGAUCUGGGCCAUGCUGCUGCCAGGCCGCCCAACGGUGGCAGGUCUGGAAUCUGCUGGCCAACCUUUGCCUCCGGCCACAACGCAGCUCCACAGAUGCCAAACCCUGGAAUCACCAGCUAUAACGCCAUCAAAGGACUGAUGACAGUCACCAACACCAUCUUUGCCGGCUUCAAAAACGUCUGCUCCAGUGAGAGUAACUUCAUGUUCAUGACCAGUCCGACCAACGAGGACCUGCAGCAUCCGGUGCACGUGUCUGGAAUAGAGACAUUUGACAGCACAGAGGACGCCAAGGUCUUCAUCCACAGGCCUGACGUUGGUAAAGCCAACCCUGCCGACUGCGUGGACAUGGACUGUGAUGCCAAGAAGAAGACCAUGCUGAAGGACCUGGACGGCUCCUUCCUGGGAGCCAUCGGGACUGUGAUCCCUCAGUCUGAGUACGAGUGGAACGGAGAUCCCAGGAGAGGCCUGGGCGACUACCGCAUCCCCAAAGUCAUGCUCACGUUCCCCAACGGCAGUCGCAUCCCUGUGGAGCAGAUCGCUCCACAUAAAGGCAUCAUCAGGGACGACUGCGUCUACAUGUACACCUGGCAGAGCUACAAGUGCUUUGGCAUGAACUACAGGAUGUUGGCGAUUGAGAGUCUGGACGCGGACACGGAGCUCAGGAGGCUGUCGCCCGUCGCCGUGCUGGGAAACGGAUUUGUGGAUCUGAUCAACGGUCCCCAGGACCACGGGUGGUGCUCGGGCUACACCUGCCAGAAGAGAGUUUCUCUCUUCCACAGCAUCAUCACCACCGGUCAGUCUUUCGACGUCUACUUCAGCGGCGUCAGUCCUCAGAAGCUCCGCCUCAUGAUGCUCAACGCAGAGCAAUCAGAGAGCGUCUUGGUUUCAGUCUUCUAUUCCAAACCUCAGCGUCUGGACAUUUACAUUGACAACCAGCUGGUGGCGCCAACUAAUGCUGAGUGGAACGCUGAUAACACAGACUACACCCUGAAGAGGCCGAUCUCUCCAGGUCAGUACGUUCCUCAGUUCAACGCCACUGGAGGAACCAACUUCUUCGACGCCGACAACAAGAUGAUGAAGGUGUUAGUCCGAGGCUCCACUCCGGUGGAGAUCAGGACCUCUCCGGUCCUCUUCCUGUCCUUCGAGCUUCCUGCCAUGACCGAGGAAGAGUUCUUUGGAGAUAACCUGGUCCAGAACCUCGCCGUGUUCCUCAAGGUUCCUCCAGAGAUGAUUAGAAUCACAAACAUUGUCAGGGAGGACGGCGGAGCUCGGCGCAGGAGGAGAGCCACAGGCCUGACGGUGGAGGUGGAGAUCAAAAAACCUCCGGUCGCACAGACCACGAACACCACCAAUGACGAGGAGGACUUCACGCUGCUGAAGAACAUCGCUGACGAACUUGGUCAAGCUGCCAUCUCAGGAAACCUGAGUCAGUCCAUCGGCUUCAACGUCUCCUCCCUGGGUGUCGUGGCUCCUCCCCCUCCAUCGUCUGACCCUGAAUGGAAUGAGGUGGCCACAGAGGAAGUGACAAGAGAAGACCCUGAACCGAGUCGUGUGGCCACUGUGGCCAACCUGCUGCUGAUCGUGGAGCCAAUGGCUGAGGAGUUUGUGGGUCCGCUGCUGCAGCAGCCCAUUCUGAUGGCUGUGGACGAGGAGGGUAACUGCAUCUCAGUGGGGGUGACAACUCUGACAGUCACAGCCACCCUGAAGGACGCCACUGGAAACCCUGUAGAAGGUCUGGAGGGAAACACCACCAUCAAGUUCAGCAGCUGCUGGGCAAACUUCACCGACCUCGCCAUCAACAACGGCGGUGAGAACCUGAGACUGGCCUUCACCCUGAAGGAGUGGGGGGCUCAAUCUCGCACCUUCACCGUCAAAAACACACCCACAACGCCGACCCCGACCAGCAGCAGCAGCAGCAGCAGCAGCAGCAGCGGCGGCGUCACCACCAUGACCACACAGCCUGAGGACAUCUUCAGCUCCAGCACCACAGUCAGUGCCAGCAGCCUGUGUCUGGUCAGUGUCAUCUACACCGUGGCCUGCUGCGCUGACAAUGUCUUCACGUGUGAUGUGGCCCCGUGAUCGUCGUGAUGCUGCUGCCUUUACUGAGGAGAUUUUUUAUAAAGAAUGUAUUUAACAGGGUGACAGCGCACACAAAUGAAGGAAAUUCUACUACUACUUUAUAUCUGUUGUUUUUAAAGUUUCUUCUCUUAUUUCAAGGGUGUUUAUUUAACGACAUUCCAUCUGGAUGUUUUAUUGGCAUUUGUUUUUGUAAAACUCCUGCACGUUUAAAAUUUUAAGUCAGGCACUUAAUGUUAACCUGUAACUAAAUGAAGGGAACUCCAGAUUGGUUUGCUUUUCUCUGAUUGUAUUUUUUCUCCUUUCAAUAAAUUCUAUAUUCCA